AUGAGCCAGAACAACCAGAAGAGUAUCGCAAAAAUUAAGAGAGUGAGAAAACGUCCAGUAAGAGGUCAACGAAUCCUUCGAGCCGCGACCCAUUUCUUUUCACGGGACUCCAUCGCCCCAAGCCCGGUACUUAAACGGUGUCGCUGGUCCCCGUGGCCCUUGAAUCCCGCAGUACCCGUGGGAAUCUUGGCGGAGCCGGGUAGCCCGCUCAGGGCCGCGUGGGAGUGGGCUCUCCUCGGUCCUUUGUUCUCUCUCCCGACGCAGUCACCAGCCAGGAGUAUGGCUCUGCCUUCUCAAGGCUCUGUCCUUCUUUCAAGACAGCGCAUAGUAGAAGAGGAGGGAAUGAUCUCUGGACUCCUAACAGCCAGAUCCCAGGUAUCAGUAACAUUCAAAGAUGUAGCUGUAGAUUUCACUAAGGAAGAAUGGCGAGAACUAGAACCUUCUCAGAAAGACCUGUACAGAGAAGUGAUGUUGGAGAACUAUAAGAAUCUCGUUUCCCUGGGAGUUUCAAUUUCCAAACCUGAUGUUAUCUACCAGUUGGAACAAGGACAAGCACCAUGGAUAUCAGAACGAAAAGUCCCAAGGGGCUCCUUUCCUGAUGAGGAGAAACUUGAAAGACCUGAAAUCAAGGCAUCAGCUUGGAAUCUGGGCAUUUUUAUAGGAGAAUCAUCCAAGGAAAGGUUCAUAUGGGAUAAUCCCUGGGGCCCCAUGUUCGGAGAAUCCAAGGAAUAUGAUAUCAGGUCAGAGGGACAUUCCAGGCAAGGAAAAUUAACUCAUAGGACAACUUCCAGUAAAACGAGAAGCCAUGAAUAUAAAUUUGGGAAAAGCUUCAAUCAGGAUUCAACCCUUUUUCCUCAACUGAGAGUUCCUAUAGGAAAUAAUCCCCAUAAAUGCGAUGACUAUGGAAAGAGUUCCAUUCAACAAUCACACCUAAUUAAGUGCAAUAGAAUCUCUUCAGCAAAGAAGCUCUCUAAGUACAGUGAAUAUGAGACAUCCUUUGGCUAUAAUACAGAUCUAAUUCAAAAUCAUAGACUCCAUUCUGGAGAGAAAACUUUUGAGUGCAACAAAUGUGGGAAAACCUUCAGUCAAAAAACUGGCCUUACUGAGCACCAGAGAAUUCAUACUGGAGAGAAACCCCAUAAAUGCAAUGAAUGUGGGAAAGCCUUUAGACGUAGCACACAGCUUAAUGUACAUCAACGAAUUCAUACUGGAGAAAAACCCCAUAAGUGCAAUGAAUGUGGAAAGGCCUUCAGACGAAGCACACAACUUACUGUACAUCAGAGAAUUCAUACUGGAGAGAAACCCCACUUGUGUAAUGAAUGUGGAAAGGCUUUCAGACAGAGUACACAACUUACUUACCAUCAGAGAAUUCAUACUGGAGAGAAGCCCCACAAAUGUAAUGAAUGUGGGAAGGCCUUUAUCCGGAAUACACAACUUACUGUACAUCAAAGAAUUCAUACUGGAGAGAAACCCCACAAAUGUGACGAAUGUGGGAAAGCCUUUAUCCAGAGAAUACAACUUACUGUACAUCAGAGAAGUCAUACUGGAGAGAAACCUCAUAUGUGUGAUGAAUGUGGGAAGGCCUUUAGACGGAGUACACAACUUACUGUACAUCAAAGAAUUCAUACUGGUGAGAAACCCCACAAAUGUAAUGAAUGUGGAAAGGCCUUUAUUCGGAACACAGAACUCACUGCGCAUCAAAGAAUUCAUACUGGAGAACAUCCCCACAAAUGUAAUGAAUGUGGGAAGGCCUUCAUCCGUAGGACACAGCUCACUGUACAUCAAAGAAUUCACACUGAUGAGAAACCUCAUAUAUGUAAUGAAUGUGGGAAAGUAUUCAUACAGAGUAUACAACUUACUGUACAUCAGAGAAUUCAUACUGGAGAGAAACCUCACAUGUGUAAUGAAUGUGGCAAAACCUUCAACCACCGAUCAUCCCUUAGUUCCCAUCUGAGAAUACAUACUGGAGUGAAGCCCUAUAAAUGUAAAGAAUGUGGUAAAGCAUUUAUGGAUAGUUCUUACCUUACCUACCAUCAGAGAAUUCAUACGGGAGAGAAACCUUAUACUUGUAAUGAGUGUGGGAAAGCUUUUAACCAUAGAUCAUCCCUUAAAAACCAUCGGAGAAUUCAUACUGGGGAGAAACCUUAUAAAUGCAAUGAAUGUGGUAAAUGUUUCAGUAACUGUUCAUCCCUUGCUUGCCAUCAAAAAAUCCAUACUGGAGAAAAACCUCACAAAUGUAAUGAGUGUGGGAAGGCCUUCAUUCAGAUCAUCCAUCUUACUGUACAUCAGAGAAUUCAUACAGGAGAGAAACCUUAUGAAUGUAAUGAAUGUGGGAAAGCCUUCAAACACAACUCAUCCCUUACUUCCCAUCUCAAAACUCAUACUCGAAAGGAACCACAUAAAUGGAGCCGACAACAUAGUCAUCUUCAGAGAAAUCAUGCAAGUAAGAAACCCCUUAAAAAUAACAAAAGUGGUAAAGCCUUCAACCACAGCCCAUCCCUUAGUCAUCAGAAAAGUCACAUUGGAGAGAAGUCUUGUGAAGCUCAAACCUCCCACUCCAGCAGUCCUUCAGGGAAUCCAUGAGCUCAUCAGUGUGUGUACUCUAUUGCAGGCUGCAGCCUAAACACACCUCACGCUGUGCACCUUUUGUCCACGUUCAUCCCGACAUGUCUAACAAAAUUGUUCUCAAAAUUUACCAACUACCAUAUAUAGUAGCAUUUUCUGUUCUCCCCUUCAUCUUGCUGUAGUAUCUGACAUUAUCAUACACCUCUCUAUAGUUUCUCCUUCUUAAACUUAAAAGGGGACACACUGUCAGUUUUCCAAUCUCUUCAGUUUCUCCUCUACUUCCUUCAUUAGUUCCUCAUCCACUUCUAAGAUACCUUAAAGAAGUUAUUUCCCAACAUUCUGUUCUUGUUCCUCUUUCUCCUUUAUUUUUUGGCCUUGGCAAUAUAAUUUAUUUCAAUGCCUACAACUAUAUAAACUGAAGUUGACUCCUAGAUCAUUAGCUCUAGCUCUUAACUCUUUCCCAAGCUCAAGACCCACUACCUACGGAAUAAUUCCAUUAAAGUCCCAUGAGCAUUUCAAACCCUACAUGUCCAAAGCUGAACUUUUUGGUUUUUUGCCUCUGCCCUUAAACUUGCUCUUUCUUUUGGGUUAUUUGACAUCGGUGCCAUCAUUCUUCUCACUUAACUGUAUUUGAAACCUUGUUUUUUAUGUUUGGUUCUCCCUCUCCCUCACAUGUCAAACCCGAUUACUUAACCAAGCCCUUUUUUCAGUUUAUUUCAUUUAUUCAUUCGUUCAUUUAACAAAUAUUCAUUUAGCCCUUUCUUUAAGCAGAGAACUUUGCAAGUCUAUGCUUAAAUACAGAUAGAAUGAUAUAUUUUACCUACAAUCUUAGAUGUCACAGUCUAGUAGGCAAUGGAUCACAAUAUCUGUAUUAUAACUUGUGCAUCCUUACUGUGUUUCCACCCUCAUCAUCCUUACAAGCCUUCCCUAUGACAUACCUGGAACAAUUCAACGCUCUGCUAAAAGGUCUUUCCUUCUCUAUUCUGUUGACCCUCUAAUUCAUCCUUUACCAGGUUCCCAUUUUUACACAGAUGUGAUCAUGUCAUGCUUCUACUCUAAAAUCUUCAGUGGUUCUCAAUAGCCUACAGAGAACAACUGAAACUCUUGCACCUGCUAUACAACAUAACUGUACUCCACAGUUAGCCUACCAUUCCAACCUUAUACUAUUCCACUUCAUGUACUCUUUGCUCCAGACAAUUUUGUUCCCUGAAUACACAUUUUCUGUUCAUGCUGUUCCCUGUGCUUAAAUUGUUCUUUGACCACUUGAAUUCUAUUCAUCCUUGAAACCCAACUCAUCCUCCUUUUUAAAGGUCUUUCAUGACCCUGUGGUCUUCAUACCCUGCUCCAUUCCCAGAUCUCACAUAGCACUUUGUGCCUAAUAGAAUGUGUAUUAUUUUAAAUUAUAAUUCUCUGGACAUGUCAUUUCUAUUAGUUUUAUAAGAGCAAAAACUUGUAUGUAAAAGUUUUUCCCCCACUGGACCUAUCACAAUGUCCUUCACACAGAAGAUGAUUAUUGAAGUGAACUUAAAGGGACUGAUAACAUGAAACAUUUUAUUUGAAGUACUUAUCUGACUAAAUAUCAAUGAAUUCAUAUUAUAGAGAAUUUUUAUACAUGUUUUGUUAGCUGCUUAAGGCCCCUGCUCUGGUACUAAACUGAUUCUUGACUUUUUGGUUUAAUACUCCUAAAGUUUCCUCCCUUGCACCCCACCUUUUACCCUCUAGAGAUAAUUUCCCUUGGGUGCAUCUUAAUAUGGAUAUUUUCUUGUAGCUAAAUGAAGCCCCAAUUCUGUAACUUUCCCAAGGAUACUUAUUUAUUGGCCCAGAUAACUUUAUGAUUAGUAGAAGUUGUGGUAAGAUGGAAUGUUGGAGAUCAGUAAGCCAAGUCCCUUAUUUUAUAGAUUAAGAAACUGAGGCCCAGAGAGGGAUAAGUAAUUUGCCCAAGGUAGUAAGUGGCAGUGCAUGUAAAUGAAAUAAUGCAUGUGAAGUCAUAUAUAAAACUUAAAAGGUAUAAAGGUUUCAGAUAAUUCUUAAGCUUGAGCUAUGCUUCAUGAAGUAAUCUUGAUAAGAGUUCUUUUGUUUUCCUCCUGAUUACUCACCAAAGUGAAGGCCAAAUUCAACCCUGGAAAAAUCAAUUUACCAUAGCCCUCCUCUGGGUUAGCGCCACAAGACCAAAGAAUUUUCUGUUUGGUAACAGUAGUAUUUUUUAACACACUAAGCUGUUAAGCACCACCAGACUUAAAAUUCUGGAAGAGGUGAAAUUCAUCAUUUCACUUAUGCCUUUCUUCUCUGGAUAAUCCCUUUCCAGGGGCUCACCUUACUUCUUAUACCUGUCAAUUUAUAUCAACUAUAGGACUAAAUAAUUUUGUGUUUAGGUAAUGUAUUAGCAGCCUUGUUGGAAUACCUGUAGGUACAACACAAGGAGUAGUAUACCAGCACAUGGCACUUGACAGCUGAUGUUCUGGACAGCUUUCAGGGUACGCUGCCCAUGAUAGCCAAGCCUCCAAGCCCAAAAGAUAAAAUUUAAAUAAUUCACACUUCUUAGAUCAAGAUCUAUCAGUAUUGUAUACACUAAAUCAUCGUAUCAGGAAAACAAAGGGGGAAGGAGUCGAUUAGAAAGAACCUCAAAUUAAAGCUUUCAUUUUUUUAAAGGAAAAAUCUGAUUUUUUUUAUAUUUUUAUAACUUUUGAUAUGAUUGGUUUUCUUUGUAAUACAUAAUAUAUAUAUUGUAUACAUUUAAAAUCAUUCUGAGGAGGAGUCAAUGGGUUUCACCAGACUGCCAAACAGUUCCAUAACACAAAAAAGGUAAGAACCUUUGGGAUAAGAAUAAUUUUGUUUGGAGCAUUUAUGUAUGGAUUAGUAGCAAAAUCGAUUUAAAAACUUGUGUUCGCUCCUGAUGAAUUGAAAAACAAUUACUUUUGUUUGUUUUUGUUUUUAGUGAGGCAGUUGGGGUUAAGUGACUUGCCCAGGGUCAC